AUGGGGUUUAUAAGUAAAGGGGCAAUAGUUUUUUCAUCAAUACUAGUGCUUUUAUCAGCCACAACAUGUGCAAUUGAUUCAGGGGAUAAAUUUGAAAAUAAAAAUAUAAAAUCAGCUACUUUUAUUUCUGAAAUGUUUGAAGUGGGUCCCGGAAAAGUCGCAUAUAAAAGUUUCAAUGAUAUUGAAUUUCCAAAGGGUCAUGUUGGAAUAAAGAGUUUUGAUGCUGAACUAGUUGAUGAAAAAGGAAAUUCUGUACCAUUAUAUGAAGCAUAUCUACAUCAUUUUUUUGCUAUAAAAUACCAUGCAAUAGAUUGGAAUAUGUCAAAAAUAACCCCUAAGGAUCCUUUGGAAGGUAACAUUUAUAUUAGAAAUGAUGGAACAUGUAAUACUUAUAUUCUGCCACAUUAUUGGGGUUUGGGAGGUGAAGCACGAGGAACAAAAUCAAAGAUUCCAGAUCCUUAUGCUGUAGAGCAUGGCAACCCUUCAACUAUUCCAUCGGGAUACCAAGAAAAGUGGCUCCUAAAUAUCAUGGUUAUUGAUACACGUGGAACAAAAGAUAGAAAACGUUGUACUGAAUUGCAAAUUAAAAAAGGGUUUCGAAGCACCUACUAG